AUGAGUAUAGAUGACUGCUACCACAGUGUUAUAAAAAAACUGACUGAUGAAGACAAAAUAAUACCAACAUCACAGAAAUUAUCAAAUCUAACUAAGAAUUAUGAAAGGGUUUUAUAUGUUUAUGAAAUCCUAGGGAGCCUUAACACCUUUCCAAAUGUGUUGGAAGUGUCCAAGUCAGUAGAUUUGUCUACAAAGUAUCGUAACCUGGGCAACAAACACUACCAACAGAGAGAUAACUAUACUGCUUUGCAGUAUUACAACUUGUCAUUAUUAUAUGCACCUCCAGAGUCAGAAGCUUAUAGCUUGUCUAUAGCAAAUAGAUCUGCUGUAUUAUUCACUUUGAAAGCAAACAAGGAGUGUAUUAAAGAUAUUGAACUUGUAUUUCGAUUAAAAUUUCCUGAAAAGCUCAGAAACAAACUAAACAAUAGGAAAGAGAUGUGCCAAAAACAUUUGCCUUUAAAAAAAGUUACACAGAAACAAUAUGAGAAUGAUCAGUUUAUUAAAUUUCUUACACCCGGAGCAAAUAAUGAUUCUAGAUAUGUUUGCGCAAGUGUAAAAUUGGAAGUGGUAUUCAGUAAGGAAAUGGGGCGACAUGUGGUAGCCAAAGAAGAUAUCAAAGUAGGUGAAAUACUAGCACAAGAGGAACCUUAUUUUGUGCUGUUAUUAAAGUCCCAAUACUUGUUAUGUUGCAGCUAUUGUUUAUCUAGAGAUCUGAACUUGAUACCAUGUCAUAGCUGCUGUUUCGCCCUAUUCUGUUCUGAACAGUGUAAGAAGAAAGCAUGGGUUGAUUACCAUGGAGUAGAAUGUUCAUUAAUGGCAACAUUAAUACACAUGGAAUUUACAAAACUUGAAUGGCUAGGUCUUCGUACAGUAAUACGAGCUCGGAAUGACCAUACUGACUGGAAGAGUUUGUUCCAAACCAUAAAGAAAGCAGAGGAAAAUGCUGAUACAGAAUUUAGAGGCCAUGUCAAAAUUGAUGGUAAAUGGAUUUAUGAUUCUAAAUAUUAUACUUCAAUACAUAUGCUAGCUUCCAAUGUAGAAAAAAGAUCAGUUUCUGAUAUAUUCCAAAAGUCAGUCACUGCUGCAGUUUUUUUGAAAUUGUUAGAGAAAACAAAUUUUUUAAAAGGUGAUAAUGAGGAUAAUGAUGAAAUAAUAAAAUGUGUCGCUGGAAUGCUACUGCACCAUAUAAUGACAAGUCCGACUAACAUGCAUGGCAUAUCAAGUAUUAAGCAAAAUUCUAUGGGAAACUAUGUAGACGACACAAGUAUUGCAAGUGCCUCAUAUGCCUUCCAUAGUUUGAUCAACCAUUCGUGUGCUCCCAAUGUAGUGAGAUUCAACAAGUUGGGUACAGGACAAAUGACUCUUUUUGCUCUUAGACCUAUCAAGAAAGGAAUGCAGAUCUUUGAUAAUUAUGGAUCACAUCACGCAAUGGAGAACUUCACAUCACGCCAAAGUUCAUUGAAAUUUCAAUACAAAUUCACAUGUCUCUGUGAAGCUUGUGUCAACAAAUGGCCUAUGUACUUUAAUCUUCAGCCAGCUAGGCGUUUGCCUCCACAUAUUAACAGUAAGAAAUCUUUGUUACGUUUGAAUAAUAUUGAAAACCUGCAAAAGGGCGACGUAAAAACGGCUUGUAAAUUGUUUGAGCCACUGUGUGAUUUUGCGGGUUUGUUAGAGCCUUACUGCCCGUGUCUCGAGCUAGCUGAUUGCCAAGAAACACUUAAGCAAUGCUUGCAAAUUUUCGGUGGUCUCAUACCUUACUUUGUUGAUGUUGAAUGGAGCGUCAUCCCUGAAAGUACUUAAACCAUACCAAGCAUGAUGUGUAGAGGGGUAAGGAUGUGCCAUAAAAUCCUUAAUUUUCAAAGAUUGAUUAUUUUAUGUUAUUGAUUCUUUUAUGUUAUUACUAUGUUAUAUACUUUUUUUUACAAUAUUAUUGUAACUAAACGGUUAAACCGUAUGGACAGUAUAAUAUAAAGAUUUCGUAGUCUUUUGAUGUACUAGUUUAUUUUGUAUUGAUACAAAGCUCCCCAUUAAAAGUAAGCAGACGACGAUCAUUGUCGAUUGUCGAUAUGUAUAGGAGUCGUUAUACUAUUAUAUCUUUCGAUACGUUUUCGACUUCUACGUAUAUCUAAGAACGAUUUCAUUUUUAUAUCAACUGUGCGUUAUAUCAACAAAAAAUAAUCGUUUACGUUUGAUGAAGUGUUUUUUUUUUCAUUUUUACAAAUAUACUUUUUUUUUUCAUAAAAAUAAUCCCCUCUGACCGCCGUCGAAUUUAUUCAAAAUUUCAAACAAUUUUUUGCGAACCGAAAUAAAACGCUAUCUAUGUAACGUUUUUAACCUUGCAAUUAAAACAGAAACCAAAGUGAAAAAAAAAACACGACGUUUAUUAUGUUAAGAAAAACCAUUUACUAUUAUUUUAGUUAUUAAUCAUAAGUACAAAAAUUGUUUACGUAUUGUUAUUGUUUAUAUUAUUUUCUGUUAUUAUAUAUUUUAUUUCCUAUUUAUAUUAUAUUUCCUCGAAUACUGAAAAAAUUGUGCCUUAUAUAAUAACAAAUUAGGCUUUAUAUUAUUCUAAGAUCAUAUCACGCUAGAACCUAAGUGCCUGAGAAAAACAAUAUAGCAAAUUCCUAAGACGUUUAGUGUUUUAUAUUGUUUACUUAAUGUAAUUAUGUCUUUCUAAUAUACUUACUACUGUACUAACUGCUAUGGUAUCUGUCAUGUGUUUUGAAAGUAAAAACUAUUUUGAAAUAAAUUUUGUAAAUUUCA